AUCCACAUUUCAAGUGAUAAAACUACAUGUCGCCUAUCGAUCUUCUCCUCCCUCUCUGCCUCUUUUUGGCGGGAAUAUAGAAAUCAGGAGGUCAUCUAUCAAACAAAUACAUAAGACAGAGGAGAGCCCCAGCAAAUAUGAACCCAUCAAGACCCAUCACCCCUUUCAGGCUAGCCUCUCUUCUUCGUCUCCAAAAAGACCCUAAACUCGCUCUUCAACUCUUUAAAAAUCCAAACCCAAAAACCCCUUCGAAACCCUUUCGCUACUCUCUUCUCUCUUAUGACCUCAUCAUUACCAAGCUUGGCCGUGCUAAAAUGUUCAAUGAAAUGCAAGAAAUCCUUGCCCAACUCAAAGAAGAAACCCUUUUCACCCCUAAAGAGGCUCUCUUUUGCGACAUAAUCAAUUUCUAUGGCCGUGCUCGCCUCCCUGAAAAUGCACUCAAACUGCUCGUUGAAUUGCCUUCGUUUCGUGUCCAAAGGACGGUAAAAUCGUAUAAUUCCUUGCUAAGUGUAUUCUUGAUGUGCAAGGAUUUUGAUAAAAUGAGGGAACUUUUUGUGGGUAUCGAGAAAUUGGGGAAAGCAGAUGCCUGUACCUAUAAUUUAUUGAUUCGUGGGUUUUGUGCGAGUGGGAGAUUAGAUGAUGCGUCCAAGGUGUUUGAUGAAAUGACUAAUAGAGGUGUUAGUCCUAAUGUGAUUACAUUUGGUAAUUUGAUUUAUGGGUUUUGUUUGCAUUUGAGGUUGAAGGAGGCUUUUAAGCUGAAGACGGAUAUGGUUAAGGUCUAUAGGGUGUAUCCUAAUGCUUAUAUUUAUGCGUCAUUGAUUAAGGGGGUUUGUAAGAAUGGCGAGUUAAGUUUAGCUUUUAGGCUUAAGAAGGAGAUGAUUAGAAAUAAAAUUGAGUUGGAUCCAGCAAUUUAUUCUACUUUGAUUAGUGGGCUUUUUAAGGCUGGGAGAAAGGAAGAGGCUUUAGGUGUUUGGGAGGACAUGAAAGAACGUGGGUACAAACCCGAUACUGUAACUUACAAUGUGAUUAUUAAUUUGUUUUGUAAGGAUAAGGAUUUUGAAGCAGCUUAUAGAUUGUUGGAUGAGAUGGUGGAGAAAGGGUGUAAGCCUGAUGUUAUCAGCUACAAUGUGAUACUUCGAGAACUGUUUGAAGAAGGGAAAAGGGGUGAAGCAAAUGAUUUAUUUGAAGAUAUGCCAAGACGUGGCUGUGCUCCUGAUGUUGUUUCCUAUAGGAUUCUUUUUGACGGGUUUUGCAAUGGGAUGCAGUUCAAGGAAGCAGCAUUUAUUUUGGAUGAAAUGAUUUUCAAGGGUUUUGUUCCUUGUUCUGCCAGUAUAUGCAAGUUUGUUAAUAGGUUGUGUGAGGGAAAGAAUGAAGAUUUGUUAAGGUCAGCUUUUAAUACUCUGGAAAAGGGAAAACUUGUCAAUGUAGAUUUAUGGAGGAUGGCUGUUGCCAUGGUAUUCAAGGAUGAUAAACUCUCUAGUUCAUUUAACCUCGUUGAUAGUUUGAUAGAUGUUAUGAACUAACACCAGGACAAUAAUAUUCUAUUCAGUUAUUUUCUGAUGAGGCACGUAAUUGAUUUAAUUUCUUCUUAUGUGAGUGAACAGCAGUAUGAGAUUUAUCGCAUACAUGAUUGUGUGUUUUCCCGCUCCUUGCAUUCCUACAUGCUCGCAAACACUUAGGGUACAGACUGUGUACUUCUUUCUGGCUGCAAAGUUAUUUGUCGGACUGGUCCAUAAAUUAAAAAGUGACAUCAGGCUUUGCAAGAUUUUGACUCGCAGUGAAAGUUACUGAAUCUGGUUGAUAUGAAAAUAUGGAUGUUUCCUAUGAGAAUUGGGUUGUGCUAUUUGAUGAGUAUUUCAGUUCCCUUUCUGAUUCCAAGACAGUCUCCUUUUAAGAAGCCUUUGGAUCUUUAAGCUUUCAGAAUGUCAUUGGAAAUCUUUGUCCAGGUAUUGUCCAAAUCAUUGCUGCACAUAUAGAUUCUUUCUCUUUUGUGAAAGCUGCCUUUGAGUUAGAUCUUGGGAUUGCAUUUUCAGUUAAAUUCCUAUUAUGAACAAUUAUUAUAGUGAUCCUCUGAAAAUGUACCCAUUCAUUUUGAUUAAGAUUUGCCCUGGUCAUUUUUGCUCUCAGCAUCAUUUUUUCCUGGCUGUUGGGACGGGAGGUAACAUAGGCCAGGGUUCCUUGUCCUUGCUGUUAUUGGAAUCUUAUGUGGGAUGUAUCAAGGAACUUCAGUGACUAUCAGUGGACAAUUUUACAGUCUACAAUUGACUAAGUAUCUCUUCUUGGUUUAUCUGUUCUUCGUGCAAUCUAAGUUCUGUUUCCUGCAAACAUGAUGAGUUGUUGAAUGACCUUCAACUAUAUUAUUCACUCUCUUUCCUUUCA